UCUAGAUUUCUAAACAGUUUCAUCUUCGACUGUCGUGGCUGCGUUGCCCUGAGCAAUCGACACGCUGGCAUCAGGUUCAUCAUCCCAUCCGGCAGAGUUAGCAGACCGACCAGGAUCAUGUGCAAGUUGCUGAGAGAAACUAAAGUUUCGUCCGCACCUGUACUUUGCGAAGGGGAAGGCCACGUUUGCAGGGUCCUCAAAUUGUCCACUGAUACUGUGCCAAUGAUAAUUGAAGUGCCUCACUUUGGAUCUUUGAAGAACCACGAAAGAGAAAUCGUUGUGAUGAAAAGUUUUGACGGCAACAACUGGACAGAACAUUCAUUCACUCUCGAUUAUAAAAGCGCCGAAGAGUUCAGAAUUAUUUAUACUGAUCUGGAAUCGGCAGAGAAUAUUUUCGAAAGCUCGAUUGUCCAGAUAUGCACCCUGGACGUACCCGCCUACCUGGCCCUUAUAUCUAGACCUAAAAAAAAUACUAAAGAUAUUGGGCAAGAUGGUGGAGUUAUUAUGUCAUCGGUCGUCCCUAAGGUGAAGGUCACCUUUCCUGAAGGGGCUAUCACCAAGACAACGAGUGUUGGUGUUCAGGUAACAAAGGUUAUCCCCGACGAUUUAGCUGAAGACGACGAGCAUCAUAGUAAUUCUUUUAGCUCCAUUGUCUCAAUCGAGCCAAGGUGCCGAAAGUUCCAUAAAGACAUCAAAAUUGAAAUGCCGCUGCCUGAUUUUGUUUCUUUUGUCAAUGAAGCCGAAGAGAAGAAGUAUAAAAAUAAUCUCAAACUGUUCUGCAAUUUAAUGGGUAAGUUUAUUUUUUAA